CGUAGAAUGAAUUCAGGCAUAGACUUUACAGGUGAAAUUUUGAUGGAAAUAAAAUCAUCAAGCGAAGGACAUGCUGUCCUUAAAAUUUUAAAAUGGUUUUACGAUGCAGAGUUCAAAGGCUGGUGAUAGUUUAGUCAUGUGUUUUGGAGAGAAAGGAAACGAAGGUAAAAUUAAAAAGUCAAAAGUGUACUGGAAGAAAAGCUGGAUGGCUCCAUAAACUACCAUAAAAUAGAUUAUUAUGGCCUACGAAUAAGUUCAACACAGAUGCUUGAAGAAAUCUUGUCCAUGUUUAUUGCAAUUGUUGAAAUAUUAUUU